AUGGCUGACAAGGCGGCGCCACGCCAGCCAUCUCCGGCCGAUGAUGGCAAGACACAGUCAGCUCCGCCGCCUACUGCCGACCCCGAUCCGGACCUGCAGCCCCCGCCGGCCAAAAAGAAGAGGACCCGGACGCGAACGGGGUGUUUAAACUGCCGUCGCAAGAAGCGCAAAUGCGACGAAGGGAGACCGGCCUGUGGAGGCUGUUCUCGCCGUAAGGAACGAUGUGAAUGGGGCAUAAAGGUUACCUUUCGCGCCGAGAAUGCCCAGACCAUUCUGCAGAAUCAUCCAUCGAUGAGGAAGGCUCGACGGCCACCUCCUCGUCGCCAUUUUGAGAUCCUCGAUGUCACAAACGAGGUCAUCCGGGAUUAUCACCUGCCGCCGGGUUUUCAUGAUUACGAAUCCGAGCCUGAGCCCGAGCCUGACUCGCUUUCGCCUAUAGAGGAAGAGGUCAGACAUCGUCAGUCCUACGAAGACGAAGAGGACAAGACUUUCGACAGUCCGGUAUCCUAUACGAACUCGACGGUGGGCGGUCACACCGUGUCAAAUGCUGGUUCGAGCACCGCAAGACGAACACUUUCGUCGUCUGGGCCGAGCUCAGCACCGACAGACCACGUUCAUAUUUCCGGCUACGGAUCUCUUCUGACCCCGUCAACUCGUCGAGAUGACGAUAUUAGCGACAAGGGACAUUCACAUGGCGGCGAUCGAAUGGAUUUCCAGGCGUCGCCUUCAUCUACGUCCCAGUUAGUCACAGACAAUGCGGUUGCAAACCUGAUAUACCUUAGUCAGGGCGGUGCCGGGCAGGGUCCGCACGACCAUCCUUCCACAUCCUCGGUCAGCCGCCUCCCCGUCACAACUCUUGCUCUCGACCCCUUGAUGGACGCACCGUUCGAUUUCAUGGACCAGAUGUUCACACCAGAAGGAUCCUACGAGGACGGCAUCUUCUUGCCUGGCUCCGCGUAUCACGAACUGCACUCCACGCUAAGAAACCACCUCAUCCAGGAGGUCCGUUCGAAUGGACCGACGAGGCCAGCUUCGCCAGCCUCAGGCCAGAACUCCAGGCGCAGAUCCGUCGACGCUAGCUCAGGGGAAACCUCCUCAGGCGAAGCUCUCGAUGCAGGGGGCGAACUAUCAUCCGACCACGAGCCCCCUUUUCUACCCCUGGAUGAAGAGUGUGCGCUAUGGAAGAACUGGGUGGAUGAAAUAUCGCCAUGGUUGGAUAAAUUUGACAACCAACGGCACUUCCAGCAUUCAUUACCGACAAUGGCUCGGUCACAUGAUCACCUGCGCUACUCUAUGCUGGCCCUAUCAGCCAGGCAACUCGAGUUGAAAGACACGAGUCGGCCAACAGAUCAGAGCCUUGCGCUCUACCAAGAGGCAAUACACCUUUUAUUACCACAAUUAUCGACAAGAACAACAGCAGUGAUAGCAUCCUGCGUGGUGCUUUGUGUAUUAGAGAUGGCCAGUUGUUCGCCAAAAGCUUGGCGAAGACACCUAGACGGCUGUGCAAGUCUGAUGGAAGCCGUCGGCAUGAAUGGCUUCGUGGGCGGCGUUGAGCAGGCCCUUUUCUGGUGCUUCGCCCGGAUGGACGUAUGCGGUGGUCUCAUUUCAUCCGUGAAAACUCUGAUCCCGGUAAAUCACUGGGCGUCACAGAUCGAUGUCGAUGCGGACGUCGGAUUAUUCCUCUCCAACCCUGGCCACGACAUGUGGGCAAAUUAUGCAGUCUACAUUUGCGCCCAGGUUCUCGAUCUUCUGGCUCCACUGGCCAAGGCGAACCCGGGUGGGCUCUUCUUUGACGGGCCUAGAAAUGACAUGAGAUACCGAGUGCGGUGGAUGAAGCUCUGGAAAUACGUCGAGGACUGGCACAGCCGUCGGCCUUCCGAGAUGCAGCACAUCAUGUCCAUUCCUUCCUCCGACACGGAACCCUUUCCCAAAAUCCUUUACAGCAACCCGGCUGCAAUAUCGGGCAACCAAUUAUACCACACAGCAUCGCUCCUCAUGUUACAAAAUAGGCCAGCCUCGCUCCGAUUAUCGCCGAGGCCUCGGUCAGCGCUUUGGCAUGCCAGACAAAUAUGCGGAAUAUCAAUGACUAAUCACCACCACGGGGCCUGGACAAACAGCGUGCAGCCCCUCUGGAUAGCGGGACGUUGCAUGAGCCACCCGGCGGAACACCGAGCAAUACUACAGCUCCUGGAAAAGAUCGAGAAGGAAAGCGGAUGGGGCACUAAGUGGAGGGCGGAUGACCUGAAGGAGUUUUGGGGGGACUUGGGAGACGGUUAG